AUGCCGAGCGUGCACCGUUCGAGGCAGCUGGCGGCGCCCGACGAAGCCGACAUCCGCCUCUGCUCCGUGCUACUGGCCUCGGUCGUGUCGCCGAUGCUCCUCUGCGGGGUCCUCUCCCUGCUCUCCCGCGCCAGCGGCGACAGCGCCUUCCCCACCAAGAUCUACGUCAUCGUCGGCCCGACGGCGAUCAUGCUCGUGCUCGUCUUCCUCGGCUGGCUUGUCUCGUGGGGGAUCCGGGCUCUGGCCGUGCCGCCUCAGGCUCCGGCGCCCGCGCGCCUGGCGCGACGCCUCUGCGCGUGCGGGCUGUUCGACGCGGCGGGCGUCGCCAAGCUGCCGGCGUUCUCGUUUCAGCCGGCGCCGGCCCAGCAGCCCCCGGCGGCGAGCGAGGGCGAGCAGCAGCCACCGCGCGGGAGCGCCGUGCUGUGCGCGGUGUGCCUCGAGGACGUGCGGGCCGGCGAGAUGGUGCGGUAG